AUGAAAGCGCUCAUUCUAGUCGGAGGAUAUGGUACCCGUCUCCGGCCGCUUACACUGACACAACCCAAACCACUCGUUGAAUUUGCCAACAAGCCCAUGAUGCUACAUCAGAUGGAAGCUCUUGCUGCUGUUGGAGUAGACACGGUUGUUCUCGCAGUGAGCUAUAGGGCAGAACAAUUGGAACAGGAAAUGACUGUACACGCAGAUCGACUUGGAGUUAAACUCAUCUUUUCGCUUGAAGAAGAACCUCUUGGAACCGCUGGGCCGUUGGCGCUUGCUCGGAAACAUUUGGAAGGGGAUGAUCCGUUCUUUGUUCUGAACAGUGAUGUGAUUUGCGAUUUUCCAUUCAAACAAAUGGUUGAAUUUCACAAGAAACACGGGAAAGAAGGAACAAUCGCUGUCACGAAAGUUGAAGAACCAUCCAAAUAUGGUGUAGUAGUGUUUGAUGAAGUUCAUGGAAAGAUCGAUGAUUUUGUUGAGAAACCACAAGAAUAUGUUGGGAACAAGAUUAACGCCGGUCUUUACAUUUUCAGUUCAGCAAUUCUUGAUCGUAUACCAUUGAAGCCAACCAGUAUUGAGAAAGAAAUUUUCCCAGAAAUGGCGACCUCUGGCAAUCUAUACGCAUUCGUACUCCCCGGAUUUUGGAUGGACGUUGGUCAACCGAGAGAUUUUCUUAAAGGAAUGUCUUUAUUUUUGAAUCAUGUUUCUACGACGAAUCCAGAAAAGCUAGCAACAAGGUCGAAUCUUCACGAAACGGCAACAAUUCGAGGGAGUGUACUUGUUGACCCUUCUGCAUCUGUCGGAGAGAAUUGUGUGAUUGGCCCAGAUGUUGUCAUUGGUCCACGAGUUAAAAUCGAGAGAGGUGUUCGCAUCCAACACUCAACGAUUCUUUCUGAUUCAACUGUUGGAAACUAUUCUUGGGUUUCUGGAAGUAUUGUCGGACGGGAGUGUCAUAUUGGAAGUUGGGUUCGUAUGGAGAACAUCUGUGUACUAGGAGACGAUGUGGUUGUGAAAGACGAAGUUUACUUGAACGAGGCCAGUGUUUUGCCACAUAAAGUGAUAGCUGUGAAUGUGCCUUCAAAAGAUAUUAUUAUGUGA